AUGCCACCGAGGAAGAAAGGCGCUCGUAAAGCCCGCAGUGUGGCGACAAAGCGCCAUGCCGAGAGGACACAGGUGAGUGUGAAGGAAGAGUGCAGAGAAGACGAGGAGGCGGGCGACGUCCACACAGAGGACAGUCAUAUGGAGACGUUCGCGGAAAAGUUCCAUCGAGAGGAAGAGGAGUGGAGACGAGCAGAGGACCGACUUGAGGACGUUGACAGGGACGACGAAGAAGCCCCGCUAGGGUCGCGUGAAGGCUCACAAGAAGCGCCCGAGGACGAGCCAGCCCAGGAGGCGGUGGGCCAUGGUCCUGAAGACGGCGGCGGAAGUGAUGACAGUGCCUCCUCCUCUUCAUCAGCUGCGCGGCUGUCAACCUACACUCCACCACACGUCUCCUCGACCCGGACAAGCGGGACGGAGCUGGAGCUUAUUCAUCCAGUCAUGACAGUCACGCAUCCGUCGCAGCGAACAGUCGCCCAAAGCGACAGCACCGGUGGCGACCUCACGCCACACUCGCGCCUCGUCAUUCGCGACAUUGACGUGGAGAACUUCAAGUCGUACUACGGGACCCACCGCAUUGGGCCAUUCCACAAGACAUUCACUGCGGUGAUAGGCCCGAAUGGCUCUGGCAAGUCGAACGUCAUUGACUCUAUGCUUUUCGUCUUUGGUCGGAAUGCCAAGAAGAUCCGGCUGGAUAAGUUGGCGGAGGUGAUUCACAACUCCGCUGCUCAUCCGAACCUGUCCUACGCCUCCGUGACCGUGAACUUCAUUCGCCUGCUAGAGACCACUGCCGAGGAGAAGGACUCGGAGCAGCGGCAGGAGGUUGGCGGCAGCGGGCUGAGCAUCAAGCGAGAGGUGUUUCGCACGGGCGCGUCGCAGUACUACAUCGACGGUGCUCGCCGCACGCAGAAGGAAGUGAUGGAGUGCCUCAUCGCCCAAGGCGUCGAUCUGGAUCACAAUCGCUUCCUCAUCCUGCAAGGCGAGGUGGAGCAGAUCGCGCUCAUGAAGCCCAAGGCGGAGAAGGAGGGCGAGGAGGGCCUGUUGGAGUACCUUGAUGAUCUCAUCGGUACCAGCCAGUUUGUGGGCCGAAUCUCGGACAUGACAGCCGCCGCCGAGACGGCGCAGCUGGCCCGGCUCGAGGCGCUGGACAAGGAACGCAAGCUCAAGGCGGAGCGCGAGGCACUGGACGAAGCCAAAAACUCGACACUGUCCUUCGUGACGAAGGACAACCAGCUUCAGAAGACGCUCAUCGUCAUGUGCCAGCUGCGCAUGCGCGGCAUCGAGGAGAGACUUGAGGAGCCGCGGCGCUUGUUGGCGGAGAUCGACGAGCGUAUUGAGUUAAUGGAGAAAGAGGUUGUUCAACGGCGAACAGAAAAGGCGAAGGCCGAGGAGGCGUCCGCCGCGGCAAAGAGGCAUGUCGCGGAGGUGCAGCGGGCACGCGAUGCGCUCCGGGCUCAGCGCCAAUCGGCCGAGGUGCACCUUGAGCAUGUGAAGUCCGGCGCUGACCAGGAGGAGAAGGCGCGUAAAAAAGCGGCAGACCAGCUGCGCAAGGCCAAAGAGGAGCUGCAGCGGGCGGUUCUGCACCAACAGGACGCCGAGCGCGAGGCGGCCAUUCACCAGCAGAACUACAAGGAGGCAACCGAAACCAUAUCAACUCUGCAACUAGAGCAUGAUACCCUCUCCGAGGAGCUGCUGCCAAAACUGCGUCCCCUUCGCCAGCAGUUGGAGGAAAAGAAGGAGCAGCUCGCACCGUACAAGCGCGCCGUGAUGGAGGCUAAGGAGCAACUGCGCACCGUGCAAAGCCGGCUUGGCGGUCUGGCGGAUAGUGCCACGAAGAAGCAGCAGCAGGUGGCCGACUUGGCGGCGUCGACGGGGCGAAGCAAGACUCGCAUGGCGGAGCUGGAGCGGCUGCUGCGGGAUGCCGACCGCAAGGACCUGCAGGAGGAGGUGCUUCGAGUGCAGGAUCAAAUCGGCGAGAGCGCGCGCCGGAAGUACGCCAUAAACAACUCCAUUCAAGAGCUGAAGAACGCCUACCGUGACGGUGAGGCUGAUGACCGCGCGAUGGAGUUCCUGUUGGCCCAGCGCUCUCUCAAGGGCUACUAUGGUACGUUGCGCCAGCUCGGCCGCAUCGACGACCAGUACGACGUUGCCGCCGGCGUUGCCAGCAACGCGUGGGGCUUCCACGUCGUCGAAGACCGCCAGACAGCGACGGCAGCACUCCAGCUACUCAAGCAGAACAACAUUGGCCGAGCCACGAUGAUGGUGGUGAGCGAGGUGGAGCGAGAGGUAGGGUCGCGAAUGGCGAAGCCGUUCCAGUGCCCGAAUCCAAAGGCGCGCCGCCUCUUCGACCUUAUCCAACCGACCAACGCGAAGUUCCGCUCUGUCUUUUACCAGGCCGUCCGUGACACCCUUGUCGUGGAAACGCUGACAGAGGCGCGCGAAACGGCCUUUGGCGGCGGCGGAAGCAGCAGAACAACUGCAAAGGCCUCAUCCUCCUCUUUCUCCCCCGCCGGAGGCACAGCAAACCAGCAGCGGUAUCGCGUCGUCACCGUCAAGGGCGAGCUGGUGGAACCAAGCGGCGCUAUCACCGGUGGCGGGGCGGCUCCUCGCGGCGCGAAGCUAAAGGCGGCUCGCUCGCCCCAAGACAAGCAGUCCAUAAAGGAGGACCUGCAGCGCCUCCAGCAGGACCUGGUCCAGGCCGCCGAGGAGGAGCGGGCGCUGAAUGUGCGGUUGCACCAGCUGCACGAGCAGGAGUCCCACUUAUACCCCGAGCAGCUGCGCCAGUUGCGGCACGAACUGACCACUCUCGUCGCGAAAGCUGACGGAGAUGCCGCGCGUCUUGCCUCGCUGCGUGGCGAACUCGCCCAGUCCAUGCAGGAGCUGGAGGGCAAGCGAGCGCAGUGCGAGCAAGCCGUGGAGGACUGCGAAGCAGCGCUACAGAAAGCAGAGAAGACCUACAUUGCCCAUCACGCAGACGUCGAGGCGUUGGAGGCGCAGGUGGACGAGGCAGGAGGCGCGCGCUUCAGGACGGUGGCUGCGUCCCUUGCAACACAGCAGGAGCGCGCUGACGCCGAGGAGGCGAGCCUGCGGGCCUGCCGCAGACAGGCACAGAAACACCGAGCCACGCAGGAGCGCAAGACCGCCGACAUAGCCGACUACGAGCAUCAGCUCAAGAAGCUGGAGGAGGAGGCGCAAGACAACGUAAAGGAGAAGAUGAGAGAGUGCGUGGAGGUGCUGGAAGAGCUCAUGAAGGAGCUAAACGGCGCCGAGGCGCGGCUGGCAAACGCGCAGGCGGCCGCUGAGGACGCACGCGCCGCAGUGCCGGUGGCCAACGGAGCCGCUCUCAAUGCCCAGAAGAAGCUGGACGAUGAGCAGCGCUAUCGGCAGACGGAGGCGGCGAAGAUUGCGGACGCCCUGCAGGAGCUUUCAAAGUUCCAACAGAAGAUCGAAGGCUGUGAGGAGAAGAUCCGCGAGAACGCGGAACUAUACGGUAAGGAAACGCUCGGGCAAGGCGACGCCGGGGACGAAAAAGACCAGGACGCUGAGGUGGAUGACGAGGACGACGAGGAGGAGGAAUGCGAAACUGCGUACAGCAGGAAGCGGGCUCGGGCGCGUCCUAGUCGCAGCCCUAAUGAAACUGCGUUGCAAACGUCGUCAGGGGGCGGUUCCUCGGCAUUCGUGCCGCCGCCGCCGAAACGGGCACACGUGGAGCUGCGCCACAUGACCUUCCGGCUCACUCCAGAGGAGCUGGAUGCCUGCGACUACGACCGCUCGGUGCACCUCGCCAAAGCCCUCAGCGAGGAGACGAAGCGGCUGCACAGCGAAAUCGACUUCCGCGCCGUCGCGCUUUGGCGCGAGCGCGAUGUUGCGCAUCGUGAAGCGAAGGCCUUUUACGAGGCGAAGAAGCUUCUCUCCGACGAGGCCGAGCGAGGGCUGCAAACGCUCAAGGACACGCGUCGCCAGGCCUUCAUGAACGCCUUUGAGCUCAUCCGGCAGCGGCUGAAGGAGGUGUAUCAACUUCUCACGCACGGCGGCGACGCCGACAUGGAGCUGGUCGAUGUGAACGACCCGUUCGAGGGCAUCCACUUUGUCGUGCGCCCACCAAAGAAGUCGUGGAAACAAAUAUCGAACCUGUCCGGUGGCGAGAAAACGUUGUCUAGCCUCGCCCUCAUCUUCUCCCUGCACUACAUCAAACCCACGCCAAUAUACGUGAUGGACGAGAUCGACGCAGCGCUGGACUUUCGAAAUGUUUCCAUUGUGGCGAGCUACGUGCUGCGCCAGGCCCGAGGUGCGCAGUUCAUCAUCAUCUCCCUCCGCAACAACAUGUUCGAGGAGGCCCACCAACUGGUUGGGGUGUGCAAAGUGAAUGACACCACCUCCACGCUCGUCCUGAUGCCGCGCAACUUCCGGCGACUGGUCGGCACACAGCUGGCUGAGGCAGCGGCGGUGCAGCGGUCGCAACGUAGUGAGCGGCAUCGCAGUCGCCACCAGCCCGUAGAAGCAACUGUAGCCAGAAAUCCCGAUCAGGGCGACGUGGAUGGCCACGCAUGCCGCCCGCGCACUUCCAUUGUUUAUCAGCCCCACACACCGUCUAGCGGAGCCAGAUCAACAGUCAGUGACGCGUCCCCUAUCUCGGCAUCUGAACGGCUACGCUCCUCUGGCGACAUGGACGACUCACACCACUCGCGCAAGAGCAUUCAGUUUACCGGUUUCAACAGCGUGACAACGGCUGCAACAGCGGAGGACCAUCAUGCGCAUUGUGUUCCAUAG